AUGUUUUUACAAAAGUACAAAAUAACAAGGAAAUUUCCAUUGAAUUAUAUUAUGUUAAACAAUUGCAAAAUAUUUAGCAGAUAUAUAUAUACAAAAAAUGAGAUAAACGGUAUAUUUAAUAAUGUUUUUAAAAAUAUUUUAAAUGACAAAACAAAUACACUUCAGAGUAUAUAUAAUAAAUAUCUAUAUUUAAAUUUGAAUAAAGUUACUAAAAGAUUUUAUAACCCUAGAGAAAAUAUAAAUUGGAUACUAAUUCGAUUUAGGCAUAGAGUAUCACAACUAAGAAAAAAAAAAUUAAAAUAUAAAAAUCAUUCAAAAGUUGCUUUACGAUUUCGUUUAACAAAAUUUGGUUGGGAAAGAUUGCAAUCAGGUAGAAAUGCAAGUAAAAAAAAUUUGUCAGUUAAAAAAUAUAAUGAAAAGAUGAAAAUAAAAUAUGUUUCAAGAGAUGACAUAAAAAAGUUCAAAUUCCAAAUGCCUAGUUAUGUAUUAAGAAUAAGAGAUUCUCCAGUAGAUUAUAAUCCCAAUAUUAUGAAGGCUAGAAAAUUUUUACCAUCGCAUUUUGGAUAG